AUUUUGCAAAUAGUUAGGCGAGAGAGAACCCUUUUAUCAGUUUGAAAAGGCAAUUACCAAACAGAAGACACAGUGGGGUUUGGGGAGGCAAUGGAGAGUGAGGCAGUGAGGGAGUUCAUAAGGAGGGAAGUGAAGGAUUGGGAGGAGGAAGCGAUUGCCACUGCUCGAUUCAAGGCGUUUAGCGGACAAAGAUCUGACUGGGAGGCAAGGUACCAGUUUUGGAGAGAUUUGAUUCUGAAGGUGGCUCGCCAUUUCCACCUUCUCUUCAUUUCGUCUUCCCAGGUGAAGAAGGAUUGGUUUAAUCGAGGAGGAUUGACCCCUUUGUGCCUUGACCAUGUUCUGUUUUUGAUGUAUAAUGAAGGUGAUAUUAUACGAAGUGUGGAUCUUGUGGACCCAACUAGUGGACGGCUUUCCCAGCUUUUUAGGAAAGUAAAACAUAUGAUGGUUAGAUCAACAUCUGCAGAAGUUAUGUUUGAAGAUCAUCUCAUUCUUCUUCCACUGUUGAAGGAUAAAACUGUUGAAGUUGUCAAGGUUUUAUCUGAAAGCCAGUGGACUUCUUCAUGUGUUAUUACAAUGAAGAAGUUUCAGGACAUCUGUGGAGGAACCAGAGAGGCAUCUGCAGUUUUGAGUUAUUUGUCAGGAUGUGGGAAAGCACAGUACCUCUCAAUCAGUAAGAAGGAAUUGAUAGAGGGUGUGAAAGUUUCUCUUUCCGCUGCAGCAGUUUCGGGUACCACAAGUCUGGAUCUUGAUGUUUUGCACUUGACUUGGACAACAGAAAACCUUCAGCAGCAACUUGAUGUGAUUGACCAACGUUGUGAAGUAUCAAAAAAAGCUGCAUUAGCUUCUCUAAAUUCUGGAAACAAAAAGGUUGCACUGAGACAUGCAAAGGCAUUAAAAUUGGCCUCUGAGAGUAGAGAAAAAUGUAUAUCCUUUUUGAACCGAGUGGAGGAAGUUCUCAGUCUUAUUGCAAAUGCUGAAUCCACAAAAAAGGUUUCUGAAGCCAUUCAAAUUGGUGCGCGAGCGAUACAGGAAAAUAGGAUAGAUGUGGAAGAAGUUCAACGCUGUUUGCAAGAACUUGGUGAUAGUAUUGAUUCACAAAAGCAAGUAGAAGAAGCUCUAGCGGAAUCAGAUCCAUCAUAUGUAGAUAUUGAGGAUGAAGAUAUUGAAGAGGAGUUCAGAAAAUUAGAGUUGGAACUUGGAAAUCAGAACCUGCAAAUACUGGUCUCCCAAGCUGGGGUGGAUACAGCAGCAGGAGAAACCGAGGCAUCAGAAUCUUCCAAAUCAUUGUGUGAUGCUUUAUCAGAUUUGAAGCUUGCUGAUAAUGCAACCAGGGGAUCAACCAUUCUGAAUUCUACUGGGUCAAAGAGAGACAACAUAUCCAAAAAUCUCAAGCUUGAAGCUGCCUAGUCAAAUUUUAGAUUACCCUAAUUUUUUUAUAUCACGAGAUUUUGCAGUAUUCUACCCAUGUCAUGGUGUCUGACUAAAUGUCCAUUACUGGGUCAUUUUGGAUUGCUUAUGCAACUUCUGAUUUUGUAAAAUAAAUAUCUUUAUGCGCAUUGUAAAUAUCUUUAUGAUGCAAAA